GUUUCCAUUUAUCCCUGUACAUCUAAAAAAAUUGUUAGUACUACGUGGCUUAUUGUGCUUAAAAAUGAAAAAUAUAUUCGUAUUCAUCUCUGUUUUUUUAUUCAGCACUUGUAGGCCUUCAACAGUCUAUAAAGCUGCAGUUUUCGAACAUCAUGCCGUAGAAGGUGAUACUCCAGAAAACACAAUCUUGCAAAACCUAGAAGAAUAUAGACUGCAUGCAGAAAAAGCUAAAGGACAAAAUGCGGAUAUAGCUGUCUUUCCAGAGUACGGUCUUACGACAUUAAUAUUAGAUAAUCCAGAAGAUUAUGCAAUUGUAGUUAACGACACAACCCACAUCAUAAAAGAACUGAUGGCCAUUGCCAAAGAGCGAGGUAUUUACCUGGUUGUAAAUCUUCUGGAAAAAGAAGAACAAGCUAAUAAAAAAACCAAAUACUUCAAUACAAAUUUAGUUUUCGACCGAAGUGGACAAAUAAUACUAAAAUAUCGCAAAAUCAAUCUUUUUAACGAGGGAAAACUUACCGCAGGUCCAAAAAAUCAAACCAUUACAUUUAGUACAGAUUUUAAUGUCACGUUUGGCAUUUUUACGUGUUUUGAUAUCCUUUUUGAAAACCCGUCGAGAACUGUAUUAGACAAUGACAAGGUUACAGAUAUUGUGUUCCCCACAGCUUGGUUUGCAACAAUGCCUUUCUUUACUGCCUUAAGCAUCCAACAUGGUUACGCUGUAGCAAACGGUGUUAAUUUACUUGCUUCUAAUUACAAUAAACCGAAAAACACCCACGGUGGUAGUGGAAUCUACUUAGGAGAUGGCAAGGUUACCGAAAUGGUUAUUUUUGACACUCCAAGCAGUAAACCUUUAAUUCAGGAAGUAAUAAUAAGAAGCACGCGAGAAGAUAAAACCGUUUGUCCUAAAUUGACCCAAUUUGGACUUCCAAGUGAUUUAACCAAGUCUAAUGUUAGCGAUUACGUCACGGAUCGUGAAUUUAAAGCUUCAGACUAUAAAUUUAAAGAAAUUGAUUUGACUCAAAAUAAUGUUACAACCACCAUUUGUGAUUCUUCGUUUUGUUGCGAUUUUGAAAUUAUUAUAAAUACUGCAGAAACAAACACAAAUAAUGUUUAUAAGGUAAUGGCUUAUGACGGUCCUGUUUCUUACGGUAAUGUCAACGCUCAUGUCCGAGUGUGCAGUUUGAUAGCUUGCGAAAAUGACUCAGACGACAGUUGUGGGAAAAGAGUUGAUGUUGGUGUCAAGUUUACAAAAAUUACAGUUAAAAAAAACUUGAUAAGUGAUGAAACCUACCCUACUUAUUACACACCUGUGACUCUUAACAGCUACCUUCAGCCACUAGUACAAACUACUUAUUGUAACAACAACUCUACUUCUGUCGAACUAACAACAGCAAAAGCACAAAAAGACGUCCUAGUUUUUGGGAUUUUAGGAACAACAACAGCAAGUGCAGCUGCGCCUCUAGUCUAUGCUCACGGUGUUGUUUUUUUAAUAAUUUUGAGUCUAACUAAAUUGAUAAUUUAGUCACGUAAAAACAUGUUUCAAGUUUAAGAAGCAUUUAUUCUUCCAAAUUACAAUCGUUUAUAGAAACUCUAAUAAAUACGAAAAAUGGUAUCACAUAUUUCAUAGCUUUAUGUAGGGGUAAAAUUUUAAUUAUGAAUACCAAAAAUAAAUUAAAUAAAAUUGUAAUGUGUUUAAAAAUUUAAAUAAAUAAUAUACAAGGUGUCCCAAGUAAGAUUUUCGGAUCUACGAGUAUAAGUACUCCAUUUUUUAAAGGAAGAAGUGUUCAAGGAGAUAAUGAUUAAUAAACAAUUGAAAUAAUUUUAAAAGUUAAUGAAUUUUUUAUUUGUGUCAUUUUGAAAAGAGUUUUGAAUCUAUUCUUCAAUUUUUGUGUAAUAGUUAAUAAGACCUGAUUAUUUGUAUGUAGUAUGAAAUCAAAGCGAAUAUACCUAAAAUUUGUCAGUGUUAACAUAAAGUAAUGAAAGACAGAAGUAACUGAAUUACUAACACAGAUGUUUUAAUAACAACGAACAGAAUACAAAAGUUGAGUCAAUCAAUUAAGGAGAUGUUCAAAAUGCUGCCACCACUUCUUAUGCAUGCAUCAAUCAUCAAUGCCUCAUUGAGGUAACUGAGAAAAGCUACCAUACUUGUUACACACCUGUAACGCUAAACACCUUUCUUCAACAUACAAAACAAACUACUUAGUGUAUAAUACCCUUAAUGGAACUGAUUCAACAUUCACAAAAUUGUCUACACUUACGUUCCAAAAAAGCGUUUUACUUUUUGGAAUUUUGAGACGUAGCGAGCGCUUCUCUAUAUGCGUUUGUGAUUUUUUUCUUGGCGAUGUUAAGAAGUUUUAUUAGUUGUAUUAAUGUUUAGUUAAAAGCUUUAAAUUUAAUAAAAUUUACUAUUCCAUA